AUGACAAGCUCGUUGAGCGUCCUCAUCAAAUACACGGGUUCCCUUCUGCCUUUGCUAUUGGGGCCUCCUUCCGUUAUCUAUGCGCUUACCCAAAUAUCCUCCGUCAACCUUCCCUGGUAUGCGACCGUAUCCCUCUAUUUCGGGUCUCUGCCUCUUGCGCUUGCUUGUUGGAUCCGAUGGGUAAUUUGGCAGGAUGAACGGAACGCAACGCGUCUUGGUGCAGUCUUACCUCCGAAAGUAUGCGACAAGAGUAUAGGUGGCGGAAACAUUCUGAAGAAUAUGGUCGAUAACUUUCGUCAUGGCUAUUUGGGGGAGAACGUACGUGAGUGGUCCGUAGAGUACGGAAACACUUUCAAUUUACGAAUCGCAUUCGAGAAUCGAUUCUUCACGACGGAACCCGAGUAUAUCAAGGCAAUCCUUGCUACUAAGUUUAAUGGCUUUGAGAAAGGCCCAAUGAGCAUUGACGAAAACAUGGAUCUGCUCGGAAUCGGCAUCUUCAACUCCGAUGGCGAUAUGUGGAAUAUGACUCGCCCUUUCUUCUCCAAGGAGCGCAUCUCAGACUUCCAUCUUUUCGACAAGCAUGUCCAGCCUACCCUUGAACUUCUUCGUUCUCGGCUGCAAGAGGGAUAUGCUGUUGACUUUCAGGAUCUUGUAUCCCGAUUUACUCUUGACGCUGCCACAUCCUAUCUCUUCGGCACAAACGUUCGCUCCCUCGAAGCUGGACUGCCCUACCCAGCUCAUUCCUCGUCAUCCUCUCCCACUCCGUACAAAUACAACUCGACUCCCAAAACAUCCACCCAGUUCCAAGAGAAGAACCCUGCCAACGUCUUCGCCCACGCCUUCCUAGACGCUCAAAUCGCCACGGCUUUGAGGUCUCGGUAUGGGAUCGCAUGGCCUUUGUUCGAGCUGCUGCACGAGUUGAGAGGAAGUGGAAGGAUGAAGAACAACAUCAAGGUCCUUGAGGAUUUUGUGGAGCCGAUUGUGAGAAGGGCUAUCGAAAGAGCCGAUGAAGAGGGAAAGCCUCUGCCUGUGUCCGCAGGUGAACCUAAGUUGGAAGCGGGUAUUUCUUCAGAUCCCGCCGUUCUACGCAACGAGACUCUGAACUUACUCCUGGCCGGAAGAGACACGACGGCAUGCCUGUUGACCUUCACCACUUACGCGUUGACUCAAUACCCACACGUUUUCUCGCGCCUCCGAAACGAAAUACUUGAGCAGGUCGGUCCCGAUCGUGCGCCUACCUACGAAGAUCUCCGCGCUUGCAAAUAUCUUCGUGCUGUGUUGAAUGAGGUCUUGAGAUUGUGGCCUCCUGUGCCGCUCAAUAUGCGUCGAUCUACUGAGGGAAUGGUGUGGCCCUCGAAGGUCCCUGGUGGUAAACCGAUAUACGUCCCUCCUAGCACGAAAUGUCCAUACUCGGUCUUUCUCAUGCAUCGCCGAACUGAUCUAUGGGGCCCUGAUGCUCUUUUAUUCGACCCGGAUCGUUUCCUCGACUCGCGCGUGCAGAAAUACUUGACGCCAAACCCGUUUAUCUUCCUACCUUUCAAUGCCGGGCCUAGGAUUUGCCUUGGUCAACAGUUCGCCUAUAACGAAGCAUCCUUCUUCCUCGUCCGCUUCCUGCAGGCCUUCUCUAGUGUAUCCUUCGCUGAAGAUGCGCAACCGCCAGAGUCGAGGCCGCCACCAGGUCCUGGGGGAGAGAAGAUAUGGAUGAAGUCGCAUCUGACGUUGUAUUCCGAGGGAGGGAUGUGGAUCAGGGCAGAGGAAGCUGUCCCACUGGCAACCGAAGCCGCUACUUCGACUUGAUGUGUGUGUCUACACGAGUGGGCCAUUUAAGUGAAAUCCGUCGAGCUUGGGCCUAGUAUGCGUCGCGCCUUUCGCACUUGCAUAUCUUUCAAAGUUACAAUACAUUGAAUACAACCCACUUAUGAUCC